AGAGCCAGGAUUAAGGGAACUGCUGGGACAUCUUCAGGGGAUGUAGUAUUUAAUUAUGUAUUUCGUUUCGUUGGGGAGACGAGAUUAUUGGGUAGAAUAAAAACUUCACUGUCUCUGGUACACAAUCCAGACCGGUUGGUGGCGGUAAUGCACCUUAAAGUUGGUUGCCAACCGCCAUAUAAAAUCCACAGAAGAAGACUAAUUUCUUCCCAUUAGAAACGACAGGCUGUGGUCUAUCUUGGGUUAGUUAUAAAAAUCGUUGUCCAGUUUCCGCUCUGUUUUAGCUAUCUAGCUAACUAACAAGCUAGUUAGUUGUUUAGCCGUCUUUGUUUAUAUUGAUAAAACACUCUUAUUUUGACACAAUUUAGGUCGCCAACCUAUCAUCAGUAAUUGAAUAAGUGCAAGUUCGCGAAAAGAAAGAAAGCAACCAGGAAGAAUAUGGAGGUUGAUUUCCCAGAGCAAGACGCUAGUAGCACGGACGAAGACGACACUGUCAGCUCUUCUGUAUCUGAAGAUGGAGACAGCUCGGAGAUGAACGAUGAGGACUGCGAGAGGAGACGAGUGGAAUGCAUGGACGAGAUGACUACCCUGGAGAAGCAAUUCGGCGACUUGAAAGAACAGCUGUACAAGGAGAGGCUCUGUCAGGUGGAUAUAAAGCUACAGGAGGUCAUAGCAGCCUGUGCCCAAGAGUAUCUGCAACCACUUGCCAACCUACAGGAGAAUAUGCAGAUCAGAACUAAAGUGGGCGGGAUCUACCAAGAGCUGUGUCUUGAGUCUGUGAAGAACAAGUACGACUGUGAGAUCCAGGCUGCCUGCCAACACUGGGAGAGUGAGAAGCUGUUGCUGUUUGACACGGUGCACAGUGACUUAGAGGAGAAGAUCAGACGCCUGGAGGAGGACCGACACAGUAUCGACAUCACCUCAGAACUGUGGAACGAUGGUUUACAUUCACGGAAGAACAAGAAGAAGGAUCCCUUCUGCCCUGUCAAGAAAAAGAAGCCUGUUGUUGUCUCAGGUCCAUAUAUUGUUUACAUGUUGCAAGACAUCGAUGUACUUGAAGACUGGACAGCAAUACGAAAGGCGGAGGUGACAUUAGGGUCGCACAGGGUCAAGGUUGAUGUCCCUACCAAGGCUGACAGACACCAUCAUGUGGCGAGGUCUGAGGAGGGCAGACUGUUCUAUGACAGCCAGUGGUAGUGCAGAGGACAGGCCUCGUGUAUCAACAAGAAGGACCAACACCCUACCAGGUGUGUGUCUUGGUGUCUGUGUAGGAAAUGUAUGUUUUCAAAUGGUGGAUGUCUUUGAGUUCCAUAAUAACCACCAUAAACCAUGACGAGGUGUGGUUCAAAUGGCUUGACAGCAGCAAGUCCAAACUCUACAUCUCUCAGCUGCAGAAAGGCAAAUACAUCAUCAAACACUCCUAAUGUCCCUCGCAGCCUGCCGUACUCUUUCACCCUGGAUAACAGAUGAUGAACUCCACUGCCAUAAAAUGUCCUCUCCUUUAUGUCAGUGGACUUAACCAAGCCUGGUCCUGGAGAGCUACAGGUCAGGAUGUGUAGGGUCAGUGACUGACUAAUGCUCUUUGUAUGUUAAUAUGAUCUGCGAGGCCAACAAGUGUCAUUCCUUCUCUAAACUGGAAAUGAGAUGAGUAAAGUUCUGGUUGUGAGGAGGAGUGGUGUAGUGUGUCUUUAGUGUAUUUUACCCCCCUUUUUCUCCCUAAUUACAAUCUUGUCUCAUCGCUGCAACUCCCUAACGGGCUCGGGAGAGGCGAAGGUGGAGUCUGAAACAUGACUCGCCAAGUCGUGCUCCUUAACACCCACCAGCUUAACCCGGAAGCCUGCCGCACCAAUGUGUCGGAGGAAACACUACUCAACUGGCGACCGGGGUCAGCCUGCAGUCACCUGGCCAGCUACAAGGAGUCGCUAGAGCGCGAUGGGCCAAGUAAAGCUCCCCCCCGGUCAAACCCUCCUCCUAAGCUGGACAACACUGGGCCAAUUGUGCGCCGUCCUAUGGAACUCCCGGUUGUGGCACAGCCCGGGAAUGAACCGCGAUGCAGUGCCUUAGACCGCUGCGUCACUCGGGAGGCCCCCGUAGUGUGCCUUUUUUAACAAGAUGAUGCCUACCGUCUUGAACUUACUCCGCUCUUCUGGCCGGUGAGAACAGGACGAGGAUCAAGUCAAGCGGGUCCAUUGGUUGUGACUGGAUGGAUGGCUAAACCCUGGUCCUAAUGAUGCGUUUCCUUCACUGUGAGACCCCCACCUCUUGUAGUAUUCCAUGUAUAGUCUCAUCUUUCAUGUCUCUGUUACUAUUCUGAUAAGGAUACACCCCUCUUGCUUUUUCUGUCUUCCCUUUCUUCCUGCCCUCAAGGGGACAUGAUACCAUUUACCUAACCAAUGCUGUCAGAUGUGUUAUUAAUUCAAGGAAGGAAGGAUGGAUGUUAACUAUAUUUUAGCAUGGCCAAGGUCAGUAGAGAUGGGUCAAAAUAUCUGGUUGUUGUACAAUCACGUCCAUGCAAUCCCACUCUUUUGCACAUGAUUGGAUAUUGUGGGAAAGCAUUUGUUUCUGUGUAUAAAGUACCACCUGCCAACAGUUUUGCAUCUUAAGGUUCUCAACAUAUUAUGAAUUGUGUAAUGUUACAUGCUGUAUAUAUUGGGAGCAUCUGCUGUUUUUUUUCGCAGCCUAUGAAGAAUUCUACUUAUGUCCGUCUGAGUACGAUCAGACCAAAUGUUUCACUGCCAUCAAUUGAACAGUAGUCCUGCUGUCUUGAGUUUUUAUUUGUAAAGUUUGGAUUUUUUUGUGUAUUUUUUAUUUUUUGGAAAUUAACGCUCAGUCUACACUACAUUUUCUUUUCAUGUCAUGCGGGAGGAAAAUUGGAAUAAAAUAUCAGUCACAAUUCAUGUACAGCAAAUAAAAUAUUUAAUUUUGUA